GUUUGUUAUAAUGUUUGGCCUUGUCUUAUCCCAAAAUAAAAAAAAUUCAGCAGGGCUACACUUUGGAAACGAAACUAAAGGGUAUUCCCGCUGGACGGCCAUGACCUUGUAGUGACGUGGAAGACACAACCGUGCAGCCAUGCUUGAAGGGCUUGUAGCUGACCUACUGAACAAGUACGUGGGCAGGUAUGUGUCCAACUUGGACACGAGCAACCUCAACAUCAGCGUCUUCAAAGGGGACAUCGAGCUUACAGACCUACAGCUCAGACCGGAAGCCCUGACUGAACUCAAUCUUCCAGUGGAAGUGAAGGCAGGCCAUAUUGGUCACCUAAAGAUAGACAUCCAAUGGACCAAGCUGUUUUCAUCAGACAUUCACGUGGCCAUAGAAAAUGUCUUUAUUCUGGCUGGACCAAUCACAGACAGACAGUACGACCCAGAAAAAGAGAGGCAGUUUCAAAAUGCCUUCAAGAGACAAUUGCUGGAGUCCAUUGAACAAUCUGCCAUUGAAGGGGUUGUGAAGAAGGCCAAUGACAACCCAACCUUUGUGGAGAAGUUGUCAGUUAAUCUGCUAACCAGGCUACAGCUGUCAAUACGCCACAUCCAUGUCCGCUACGAGGAUACCAUCACCAACGGAGACCACGCAUUUGCCUGUGGCCUCAUGCUCAAGCAGCUGCUGGUGUGUUCUACAGACUCUCACUGGCAGCCUCGAGGCUCAGAUACAGUGCCAAACAUGAUACACAAGAUGCUGAAAAUGGAUGAACUCUCUGUGUACUGGAACCCUUAUGUACCAGAGCAACACCUCUUGAAGUCUCGACUUAACACAGAUGGUUGGCGGAAUCUUCUUAGAAUAUCAAUAGAUUCUCACACCAUUUUUGAGGAGGAACUUGAUUUCAUCAUGGAGCCAGUGGCUGCCCAAGCCCGGCUGAUCAUCAACACUGAGAACAACUUCACCUUGCCUAAACUCUUCAUGGACUUCACUGUUGAUGAGGUGGAGGUUCUACUCUCAAGGCAACAGUUUUUAAACCUUAUCAAUCUCAAUGAUUCCUUCCAACUGAUGAGAGUCAACCAAAGGUAUCGCAAGUAUCAUCCAAAUAUCAGCCUCAAAGUCAGCCCUCGAUCCUGGUGGAUUUAUUCUUACACAGCUAUUUUAGAAGAGGUCAUUCGUCCAUUUUCAUGGCCUCGAAUAAAAGAGCACAGGUCUAAAUAUAAGAAGUACAAAAAUCUCUACAAGAAACAUUUGGAGGAACCUGAGACAAAAUCCACCCAGGAUAAACUCAAACAGCUGGAAGAUGCUUUAGAUGUUACAAACAUUCUCAUUGCCAGGACUCAAGCAAAACUUGAGUUUGCUGGAGAAGCUCCUGACAGAGCCAAAAGAACAGUAAAGAAAAAAACUGGAUGGUUCAGCUCAUGGUUUGGUAGCAGUGAUGAAGAAGAUGUUACAGUGGAGGUGGAUAAACCCAAAAAAGAUUGGCUAUCAAACCUGACAGCAGAGCAGAAAGAAAGCCUCUAUGCAGGGAUAGGUUAUGAUGAGUCAUUAAACAACCAGGCUUAUCCCAAAAAGUAUGUUGCAUCAAAGAUCCAAGUGAUACUUAAGAGAUGCUGUGUGUCUAUGGUCAACUACAGCAAGAAAAUUCUCCAGGUUUCCGUGACCCAUCUUCUCUCCACUUUUGAACAUCGUCCAGGCAACGAAGCUUUCAGAAUCUCAUGCAACACAGAAAGCUUUGCUGUGGAAGGAGCCUCUAUAGAACAUGAGCUGAUUCCUAUUCUAACAUCUGAUAUUGGUGUCUAUGCGCCCUCUGUCAACCAAGUUUUCACACUGGACUUUGAGUCCAAGCCCCUGUACAUUGAAGCUGACUACUCACUCAGAAUGAAUGUGCAGCCAGUUGAAAUAGUUUAUGACGAGCAUUCAAUUUCUGAAGUGACCGCAUUUUUCCAGCUGCCCCAUGGAGGGCUGGAUAUCAGAUCUGCUGCAGUGGAGACCUUGACCAGUGUAGCCUCGGUCAGCAAGGCAGGGCUACAGUACAUCAUUGAAACACACACGACCAUUCACAUAGCUUUGAACAUGAGAUCUCCAUACAUUGUGGUGCCAGAAUAUGGAACUCUACAUAGAGGUGGCAAUGUGCUAAUUAUUGAUUUGGGCACCUUGCGAAUAGAGAGUGAGUUACAGCCAAAAGAUGUGUCUCUGGAGGAUGCCACAAUGUCAGAAAUUGAGUCUAGGCUGUAUGACCAGUUUAAUGUUAAGAUCAGCGAUGUGAAAGUACUAUUGGCAGACUCAGCUGAUGACUGGCAUACUGCACAGAUCCAAACCAACUCAGAGUUCCACAUCCUGCCCAGUGUCCAACUCAUCAUCACUUUCUUUAAUGCUGUCAAGCCUGACUUCACACAGCUACCUAGGAACAAACUGGAGGCCAAAGUUCCUUCCCUGGAGGUCAACAUCUCAGACAAGAGGAUGCUGCUGCUAGCCACCUUCUUCAGGAACUUCCCCAUCCCCACCAGCACCAGCAUGGCCACCAUAGGGGAGGACAUGGUGGACAGCCACGGGCCAGCUACACUCUCACCAUUCCACCUGAAUCGUGAAUUAUCAAUUUAUGAAGAUGCAUCAAUGUAUUUGGAUUUAGCAGAGGCCCAGCUGGACCCAGAUGUCAAGCGUUUGAGGUCAAUCAAAAGGCUGCUGCUAGGGAGGCCAGUCUUUGACCGUGUGGAUGGACCCAGGAGGUCGGUGUCCAAAGUUCCAACUCUCAUGUACACAACAGGUGAUGAACCGUUUUACUCAGCCUCAGACUACUCUGAUGAAGAUCUGGAUAGGCUGUCAGACAUGCUGACCAUUAAGCCAGUGGAUGAUAAUUCAUCAGUAGCCAACACAAUCAACAUGCUGAUGAGGGUCUCACUAGGGGAGCUUGUCCUCAAUCUUUCAAAGGAAUGGGACAAGGAAGAAAAAGCCUAUUUAAUGUUCCGAAUAGACAGGCUCAGGAUAGACUCAGCUCUUACUGUCCAUGGUUACGCAGCAUAUGCUACUCUAGGGGGAAUCCAGUUGGUUGACAAGAAACAUGUUGGUCACUCAGGUGAAUACAUGGAGGUGUUGAGCACCAACACAGUCAACAACAACAACCUGGUCUCUCUCAUGUACAGGAAGGUGGACCCAGAAUGUCCAGAUUUUGCUACCUAUUAUGGAGGUGUACAGCAUGCCAUAAAGGUCAAUGUCCUCUCAAUGUCCACAUUGUUUGACCAGGCCAGCAUGAUGUACCUCAAUGCUUUUCUUCAAGGCAUCAUUUCAAGUGUUCACAACCUGGACAUGAAGACCAGUAGCAGCUCUGUGAUGACCACAUCUGACAUCAGCGCUAAAGACAAAGUUUCUCUCACAGAGAGGAUUGUUAAGAUCACAGAUCAAGUUGAUGGCCUCUCAGGCAACAGCACAAAAAUUCAUCUAAUUGCCGAAAUGCAAGAUUUUUGUAUCAGACUCACUGAUUCUGACAACAGUUUGGCAGAAAUUAAAGUCAAAGGAUUUGAAAGUAGUGUGAUUGCUAAACCUGCAAAAACAAUUAUCAGAUCACGGUUAAAAGAUCUGAGCAUUAGGGACUGCAGUUCUGGUGCUAUCUAUCAAAAUAUACUUCUAUUACAAGAUGACAGUGUCUUUGAUCUAAAGCUGGUUAAGUACAACAAGAUGGACCAGGAGGACAAGAGAGAUUCAGGUCAAGGUUUGGACUACAGCAUCAGGCUCUGGCUGGGACAGGUGCAGGCGGCUGUGCUGGGGAAGUUUUACUGGGAGAUAACUAGGUUUUUUGAACCAUUUAUCAACCAAGAGAUGGCUGAGGCAGCCAAACAAACAGCAAUGGAGACAGUCACUAAACAAAGUUUUCUAUUUUAUUCACUUCCAGUGAACCAGUUUGAGUCCCACAACAUGAGAGUCAGCAUCAACAUUGACCUGAGGACUCCCACCCUGCUCAUGCCCCAUGACUCCAAGUCCACAGAGAUGCUACUGGUCCAACUGGGCAACCUGAAUGUCCGGAACUCUUUUCUGACCAGCCAGAUCUCAGCUGAGGUCAAGCAGGAAUGGAACCAUGUUCAUGUUGACUUAAGUCAUAUACAAGUUCAAAGAGUGUGCUUAAACCCUAUAGAAGACUCCACUGAGAUCAUGCACACAAUUUUAGAACCCUUGAGCUUCAAGGCUGACAUCAAGUUGGCUGUCAAGCCAGUGGUCACAGAGGUCAAACUUGAUGUUUCAGGUCAUUUGGAAAAGGUCAAGGUGUAUAUUCUACAAAAAGAUUUGCAGUUGAUCCUUGGGGUCAUGAGGUACAAUUUAACUGAAGGCUCUCCACCCCCUAGUCCAGGUAUCUUUGAAUCUCCAACACUGCAAAACAUUCAUGGCCAACAAAACCCUGACAUUAUGAUAACAUCCGCUGGGCCUGACCUGCCCACCCCUGACAGCCCCACCAUCUUUGAGCAGAAAACUGUCACCUCCAUCCUCUUCAAGUUGGAUGGUAUGUCCAUCACACUCUUCACAGACAACGGCAAGGAACUAGCCACAAGGAUGGGUCUGUGCCUGCUGGACAUGGAGAAGAUGAACUUGUCAGGACUUUCACAUAGUGAUGGAGACCACAAAGUGAAUCUAUCACUGCAGUCACUAGAUCUCAGUGACAUACGCACUGACAGUAAUCUUGCCGUCAAAAGUGUCCUGGAUUGCACUGGGAAAUCAGAAAAUGCUGAUCUCCCUCUGGUUUCUCUCAUAUACAAGAUCAGUAGUGAUGGCAACCACAAAGCUGACCUGAUGGUCGAGAAGCUUCGACUUAACGUCAACAUCCCAUUUAUGAUUGUGCUGCUGGAUUUCUUCAAUGGAGCCAUGGAGACUGUCAACCAAACUUCCAACAUGGCACCCACAGCCAUGCCCAGUGGGCACUCACACAUCCCCCCAGCUCCUCCCCCAGUCGUCUCCCCCGAUGAGCACGGGUCGAACCCGCCACAGUCUGGGCUGACAGUUUACGGCAGUUUAAAACACCCAGAGAUUGUUGUAUAUGCUGACCCUGCAAAGAUUGAUAGCAGAGUGAUCAUUUUAUAUUCUGACAUGACAUUUGAGUUCAAGAAGGACCUGAACAAACAAAGUAUCUGGGCUAAGAUCACAGACCUCAAGCUCAUCUCAAGGACCACAAUGCAAAGCUCUUUAAGCAAUUUGGUGAUGCUGCCAUGUCAUCUGACCUUAACCCAAGAGACAGACCUGGUGUCCAACACCUCAGAGAUUGUGGCUGACCUGAGUAAAGUCCAGGUGUUUGUCUCUCCUUCUGUUAUGCAACUGUUGUGGGAUGUCCUGGCCAUGGUUCAAGGUCCAGGGGUCAAGGAAAAAGCCAACUCCAUGGCUAAUGUUGUGGACAAUGAUGUCCAAAGUCUGUGGGGAGUGUCCACUGUCACCUCUCAAAGAUGGCUCAAGGAAAGACCUGAUUCAAGCCAGGCGCCCACCCUUCGUCCAACAGCUAAACCAAAAGAAACCUUUAAGCUGCACAUUAAGGAAAUAAACAUUUAUUUCGAGAUAGAAACUUUAGAUCUACAUGUCCCAAUUCUGUGUGUACAUACCUCAGUGGAGUCAAAGAUUGAAGAGUGGUCUAGGAAGAUGCACCUGGAGACUGAGCUUCACCUAGAGGUGAUGUUCUUCAAUGAGAAAACAUGUAAAUGGGAGCCUCUCAUUGAGCCUGUCAUGGACAAGGAGGGUGUAUACAGACCAUGGGAGGUCUUAGUCAAGGUGAUAAGGACCAAGAGUUUCCCCAUGAUCUGCAUGUAUGACGACAAUGACCUGACCAUCCCUGAAGAGCUGCAGACAGAAGUCCAGCAGAUGAUGCAUAGGUCAAGGGUCAAGUCUAGCAGCUCUGAGACUGACGACACAGACGGGGACCUCGACAUGAAAGUCAUACGGCACAAAUCUCUCAACCGCUUACGUCAUGGGAGUGAUCGUAGCUUUGAUUCCAGUCACCAUAGCAGCGUGCAGGGGGAGUCGGACUCUGAGCCCGAGGGUUUCAUCUCCAGCAUGACCAGCAAACUUGGCAGUAUCUUCUCUAGCGACAGCAGUGACGCUGACGUCAGUGAGACUGACGACAAUGAUGAUGGCAUUGACAUGUCGCUGGACAAGCCAGUGUUCCUGACGUCCAGAGGGCCAGUUCAUAUGACCGCUGGGUCCUCCCUGGGAUUUGAUGAGGUUGAUAAUGGCCGAGGGCAGGACGACGACAUUGGCGAUGAGUUUGAGAAGUGCUUGUAUGUGAUGGUUGAGUCUAUGGACAGGCUGCAGCUGAACGUCACCCCACAGUCCAUUGUGGUCAUCAAGGAUGUGGUCCAGGCUCUACAGAACCCCAGCAAGUCAGAGCUUCAAUCAGUGAGAUCACAGCCAAGAUUUAAAGUCAACAAUCAGCUGGGACUCCAUGCUUACCUCACAUGUCAUCACAAGGUCAAGGUCCACAAGGACCACAUCCACAACGCAACUGUCUACCACGCUGGAACAGAUGGCACCAUCAUCCACCCAGCUGAUUAUGAAAAUGACAUUGAUGUCUUGGAUGAACAAGACAACAGGCUAGAUAAAGAUUCCACAGACAAGGUUUCUGUGCCCAGUGGCUUGGCUAAAGCAGGUCACACCCUGGUCAGUGCUGGUGCAUUUGUCUUUGAGGAUGAUGAGGACUACUUGUCAGGUGCUCAAGUGAGCUACCACAGGCUCAAGCUGCAGGUGGAAGGGUUUGAACAAACAACAUCUAUCUUACACAAAAGGGCUUGCAGAAGACUUAUUCCAUUAACACCUAUAAAAUCUGAUGAAACUGAACUGGAGAAUGGUAUGAAAUACUGUGCUGUGAUGGAGAUUGAUAUUUGGCAUGGCUGUAAGACUGUCACAUUUUACUCACCUCUCAAGCUGGAAAACCAUCUUACCAUGAACAUAGAUGUCUACUGUAAAACAGAAGACCUCAAGAAGUUCAAGGCCACAAAAGAACUAGCAGGAACAGAUAACUACUCCAAGCUGGCCACUGUCAAGUCUGGCCAGACGCUCUACUUGCCCUUGUUUGUUUCUUAUCACUGCCCCCUCUACAUCAAACCCUCAGAGAUACACUAUGAGCUAACCUCCAACCCCUUGUGGUGGCAGGAAAUGCUGCAAGGAAAAGACAAAGUGAAAAGUUUUCUCUGUCACUCCACACAGGAGGAGAAAUCUUUUAACUUUAAGGCCAUCUGCAAGGAGGGGGAUCCCCUGACACCCCACCAGGCUUACACAAAGCCCUUACCUUACUACACCCUCAGCUUGUAUCCCCCUGUGUUUCUACACAAUUAUCUUCCUUAUGAUAUUCUCUUUUCCCUGCACGGUACCAGCAUGUCCAGUAGUCUAACACAUGGAGAGAUGACCCCUCUCUACACUGUGGAAACACACAAGUCCUAUAAACUGCUCAUUACACUCCCAGACUACAUGGGAUCUGAUUGGACAGGCACACUAGAGAUAUCUCACGACAUGGAAGAGUUCCGGGCCAUCACUAUGGAAACUGAGAUAGACUCAGAAAACAUAAACAGACAUCUAAGUCUCAGCAUUCAUGCAGACCAAUCUCAGUCACUUGAUUUGAGAAUUUAUACUCCAUAUUGGAUCGUUAACAAGUCAGACCUUCCCUUGCAACUGAGGGGUUCUCUGUCUGAAGCUGUGUAUGAGUUUGGAAGUUCUCCUAAUCCACUGCUCUUCCGCUUUAAGAAACACAAAAGGAAAAAGGCCAAGUUGAGAGUUUACGAGUCUCGCUGGUCCCAGUCUUUCUCUACUGACACCAUCGGCAGUGGCGGAGUUGUCAUCUGCAAUGAUAAAGAGAGAGGGAAAAAAUAUAUGUUCCUAGUACAGAUCGCUUUGUCCAAACUUCGGCUGACCAAAAUUGUGACCAUUCUUCCGUUCUUCCUGGUGAUCAACAGCUCCAAGCAGAAGCUGAGGUACAUGGAGGAGAAUGAGAAGGCUGACCUGUGGAUUGAUAUAGAGCCUGAGCAGUACCAACCCUUCUGGCCUGUGACUGAAUCCUUCAACAUGUACGUGAAGUAUGAUGGCAGCAAUGUUUCUUCUCUACACUUCCCCAUCAAGUCUUGCCACAACACUGUUUUAAGGAUGGACCAAGGGAGAGCCCUGUGUGUGGAGGUGACAGGAGGAACAGACACCCCAAUCACAAUCAUCUUCAGUAACUAUGAGUACGGUGAUGCUUGUGUCAGGGUGGAGAAUCUGUGUGAAGAUGUCUUCAUCAAAAUACAUCAGAAAAACCAGAGUCAGGUGACCCUACUUUCACCCAAUCAGAGUAUCCUGUACACUUGGGAUGAGCCAUCAGCUGAGAGGACAUUGAUGUGGAAUGUUUACAGCAGAAAGAAGCCCAGCUAUCCAGCUUUUAUAUCUAAGGAUGGCUCAGGGGAGGUAACACUGAGUGUGGCAUCCCUCAGAAACACAGGGAACUCUGGGAUAGAUUUUGCUGAUGCUAGAGAGUCAGAUGACAGCAGUAGCCCUGCAGAUGAAAGUGAUGAAGCAGACGCACUAAUGGCACCUAAUGACAAGUCGCAGCUGGUGCACACGCGCGUGGACAAGCUGGUCAUCUUCUGGGUGUCUUACCUAGACGGGAUGCAGCGGGUUCUUCUCUUCACACAGGAUGAGAGGGUCUCUAAAGCUGUCCGCAAGGGCUACGUACAAAGUGUAGAUUUGCCUCGAAGGCGCAAUCAACUCCAGGUGAAUGAAGGAGAAUAUGCUGACCUGGCAGUGUUUGCUUCCCUGGAGGGCAUCAGUGUGUCUGUCAUUAACUCCCUGUACCAAGAGGUGGCGCUGCUGUCCAUAGCCAGCAGCCCCGCGGUGUGGGAGGUGGAGGUGAAGGAGAAGUGGAGGUCCCUGAGUGUGGAGCUGGCCACCUGGCUGGAGGACCAGUGGAGGGGGGAGGUGGUUGCUGCCAGCCUUCACGACCAGAUCGAGGCUGACCUACAGAAGAUGCAGAUGACCAAACCUUUCAUGGGUGCCCUGAGAAGAACCUUUCACCCAGGUGUGUGGAGCCAGUACAGAAGUUCUAAACAUCAUGUGGCGCUGAACACAACCUUACAGACUUUACAGAUUGACAACCAGUUACCUGAAGCAUAUUUCCCCACCGCCCUCUCACCCACUCCCAUACCAACGUAUAUUCUGAGACGUAUGGGACCCAAACCUUUCAUAGAGCUGGGUGUCAUGAGGAGGACUGUUCCAGAACAAAAUAUUGACACCAUCAGAUAUGCAAAGAUUCUUGUCCAAGAAUUCAACUUGAAGUUAGACAAAGGUUUCCUCCUGUCCCUGGUUGAUGUCCUAACUCAGCUGACCCCACCAGUUAAAGAGAGCUUCCAGUUACAGUGUGACCUAUGUCUAGCACGCCAGUCAUUGAAAGAAGCCACAGCGGUGUUGAUUGCCUCAAGACCUCAGAAGAUGUACUUUGAGUACAUUCAUCUCUCCCCUUUAAAGCUUCACCUGAGCUUCUCGCUGAAUGGAAAAGCCUUUAUAUCCCCACACAAUCAAAGUCAACUCUCCAGUAUCAAGGGGGACAUUGUGGAUUUUUUCCUCAACUCUCUGGGGGUCACACUAACAGAGAUCAAGAACGUUGAACUCAGGAUGGCCUACUUUGAGCGUAAGGGUGCCCUCCUGUCAGCCAAUCAGCUCUCAGCGCAGGUCCAGUCCCACUACACCCACCAGGUCCUACAGCAGGCCUACGUCCUCAUCCUAGGCCUCGACGUACUGGGCAACCCAUACGGGCUGGUCAAAGAUUUCACGCAAGGCCUGGGAGAUUUCUUCUACGAACCUUUUUUGGGGUCCAUUCAAGGAAGGGAUGACUUCACUGAUGGGCUGACAAGAGGAGUGCAAAGCCUCAUGGGAAAUUCAAUUGGUGGCGCUGCAGCCUCUGUUGCUGGCAUAGCUGGGGGAAUAGGACGGACUUUGGCUGCUCUCUCAUUUGAUAAAGACUACAAAAGAAAGCGACAGUUAAGAAUGCAACAGGAGCCCAGGGGUCUGCCUGCAAGUCUGGUGCUGGCCUCUAAGACUCUGGUCAUGGGGGUGGGGCUUGGUCUCUCAGGUGUCAUACUAGACCCCAUCAAAGGCGCUCAUGAAGAUGGUGUUGAGGGAUUUUUUAAAGGGGUGGGCAAAGGUUUACUGGGGCUGCUGACCAAACCUGCAGGUGGUGUAGUGGACAUGGUCAGCAUGGCUUUUGAUGGUCUGCGCAGGUCUGCUGAGAUGGAAGGGGGAGCUGUGGCUAGGGUUCGGCUUCCGCGGUUUAUAAAUCCACAGAUUGGUCUACAACCAUACUCACCACAUCGAGCUGCCGGCCAGAGACUUUUCCAGGGAAUCCUGAAAGGGGAACUGACCAAGACGGACAUUUACUGGGCUCAUGUGCCACUGGGCAAAGAGGAGAAGUCAAACAUCAUCCUCAUAACAGACAGACACCUGUUGCUCCUGGAGAAGUGCAGGUUCUGGGGAGGGUGGGAUGUGGACUGGAAAGUUUCUCUGGACAGAAUUCUGGGAGUUCCCGCCAUCAAUGGAGAGAAAAUGGUUUUCAAAAUUAAAGAGGAUGACUCUGGGGUGAACCUGUUUUCAAGUGGGGAGAAGGAGAUCAGCAGUAAAGAAUCCGACAUCUUGGAGUGGGUGCAGGGUCAAAUAUGUAAAGUCAUCAAACACAAUACCCAGUAGAGACAGCAGACAUAUCCAGGACACACAAGACAGACUUGGGGAAUUAAAGGGUUAAAUCAUAAAAAUCAAGAUAGAGUUUGCCAGAAUGUUAGGUCAAAUGUUAAGAUCAACUAUAACACAGUCAAGUUUUUGUACUGCAGUAAAUUGCAUUUUUAUUUUUUUUAAUUUUAACACAUUUUUUAAUACUUAUUUAUUGUUUAAGUUGAACUGAUUUUAUUUUGGGAAAAAAUAAUAAACUUAGAUGACAUUAUGUAAUUGCUGUGGUAAACUGUUUUAAUGUAUAUAAAGUUGCUUUAUAUGAUGGAAUAUUUACCUAUGUUUUGUGGGAGUACUGUUUUUUGUUAAUCAAUUUGUAAAACACAAUCAGAUUCCCGCAUAAAAAAAACUGUGAUUAAUUUGUUGUUAAUUAGUAUGUUAUUUUUUUUUUUAUUUUGUUAAAUCUGUAAAAAAAAAUGCAUUUAGAUAUUAAAUAAGGCAAUACUAGCCAGUUAAUAUGAAUGUAACAUAUACACAUAUUUUAUUUGUCUUUAUUACUAUGUAUUUAAUUAUUUUAGUUAUUUCUAUUGUUUUAGGCUUACAUAUCAAUAGUAUUAGAUUUGAAGUAAUAUUUUAUGUUAAACUUUCUUUUUAGAAGGAUAACUCACUAGGCAUUUUUUCUAGUCUAGUUUAUAGGCCUAAAUAAUUUUAUUUCAUAUUUUCUAUUUUAGUCUUAUAUUUCAAGGGUCUUUAGGUUUACAAAAAGCUAUAAGAUAAAUGUUUAAUAUCAUGAGGGUAUAGUUUUACUUGAGCCUACAGAAGAUGUGCAAUAUGUGUGGUUUAAUUGGUGGAGGAAUUCCAUUAUUUGUUAUGCUCAUGCAUAUUUUAUUUAAAAAAAACAAUAAUAUCUUUAUUCUGUUAAGUGUAAAGAGGGAUUAAAUACUGAGUUUUAAGGUAAAUUAAUCCUAAUGCAAGCAAUUAUGUUAUUGUUUGCAACACCAUGCUUUAUUUUUCUGUUUAUUUUUGAGGUUAUAAUUUUAAAUUAACAAAACCUGUAGAAGCAAAUAAUUGUAAAAGCUAAACAAAUAUUUUUUUUGGUUCAAAAAAUCUACUUAUAUAAUUAAAGGAUGUACAUUUAUUUUUAUCAUGGUCAUAAAAGUUUGGCUUAGUCCAUGUAAACAUGAGUAGAAUUUAUGUAAUAUAUUUUGUUGGGUGCUUGUAAAACUGUUGACAGGUUGAAAUUUAAAUUUAUUAUGUGGGGUUAAUAAAUAAUUGGAAUAAUUAUGAAGUAUAAAAAUCAACUUUUUUUUUCUAAUUUCGGAUUUAAAAUGCAUUUAUUUAAAUUUUAUUUUAAUGAAAAGAGUGCAGUAAUAACUCUUCAAUGGUGCACAGUUUCAAGUCAUGUACUGGAGUGUUUAAUCACAUAGACUGACAACUAAAUAAAGUUUAUUUACUACCAUAAUAUACAACCAAUACAACCUUGGUUUUUCAACAAUUAUCAAUUGAAAAUAUCUCCCUGUUGUUCAGUGAACUGUGACUGUUAAACUGUGUGUAAAAAUGUGUUAUUUUUAGCUGACGUACAUAUUUUCUUACAAGUGUAACUAAAUUGCUUAAUUUAUACAUUCACUGUGAUCAAUUAAAAGGGGACAUAACCCUACAGCUUACACAUCUCAAUUAAACAUUUUCAUUAACACCAAUUUAUUUUCUGUUUAUCUUGUCUGAAGGAAGCUAAUAUUAUGGUAACUGUGGUAUAAUUAAAUCCUAAUUAAGGCAGUUAAUGAAAAAAUAUUACCUUAAUUUUGAUGUUGUUAGUGAACAGUGCUUGUGACAAUGUAUGUGCCCUGUCUAAACUUGUAUGACUAUGCCCUGUCUAAACUUGUAUGACUAUGCCCUGUCUAAACUUGUAUGACUAUGCCCUGUCUAAACUUGUAUGACUAUGUUCCUGUUUUUUUUAAUAAAUGGCAAAUCAUGACAGACUUUUUUUUCUACAUUGGUUUAUAAUAGUACAGUUUAGUACAUCCAUUGUGUUCUAUUUUGUUGAUUUAAAGUUCACUGUAGCCUAAUUGUAUUGUAAGCUCUAUGGGACAUUUUACAUGAAUUAGCUUCUAAUUACUAUUCAAACUAUUCACAGUUAGAAUUCUCUUGUUUACUUAUUGAAA